CCAUACAAGUGGCAUGAGAGGGAUCACAAUGUCGAUGCUGUUACUUAUACAUCUGUUUGCAGUUGCGGCUGCCACUGACUGCGGGGAUGACUACCUGGUAUUCCAUGGGUCCUGUUACCACUUUGGUCACAGACCGUCCGACUUCACUGAGGCCCAGCACUAUUGCCAACAAAAAGGCGGACGCCUUGUGCACAUAGAAACCUCACUAGAAAACGACUUCAUAAGGAACCAUGUCAUGGAGAUGAAUUCACAUGAUUGGUGGAUCGGGCUCACCGAUGAGUUAGCUGAGGGACACUAUCUUUGGAGCGAAAAUGGAAAAGAAGCAACAUUCACAGAUUGGGCAUACAAUCAGCCACAGGGAGGUUCAGAAGACUGUGUGGCUCUGGAAAAGACUAUUGACUUUCACUGGGGGGACUUUCCCUGUGCCAGGUCUAGCAUCUAUCCGAUAUGCGAAGCGAGUCCUGGAGAAAUCGAACUUAUCGGAUGAGAUAUACGAAAAACUGUAACAUUUGAUACUGAAAAGAGUAUAAAAUCAUAUUUCUUGUCCAUUCAAUAUGUUUAUUUUGGGUUACAAAUAUAAAAUAAUACCAAUAAAAAAGUAAAACGUGUUGAAUGUAUUCCUAAUUUGCAUUCUCUCAAGCAUAGAAAUAUUUUUUUGAGAUUUUUCUGAGUGGUAUGAACAACUGGUAGGCAUUGUAUGUACUCUUAUUGUUUUGCACGACUUCACAAUGUUUAAAUUUAGAAACACACUACAAUCUUAAUUAUUUCACAAAGGCCCAUAUAUCUUAUCAGUGACACAUAUGUCUGUUGUUCUAUAUGAAUAUUUUAAAACACCGAUGCCAUGAGAGGGAUCACAA